AAGAGGAAAAGAGGACGGCAGGCUAGGAGCUGUCAAACAUGUCAUCGGAGAAAGCAAAAGGCAUAUACCCAGUGUGACGGAGAACUGCCAUGCUUCAACUGCACGCGGCGCGAUGUAGCAUUAGCAUGCACAUACAGCCAAGAAGCUGAGGCUCAUCGGCGGCAAUCAAUCCAUCUUUCUUCUUCUGCUACGGCAUCAGAUGCACAGGUAGGAAACCUCUUCCGCAACAGAGACGCGCCGUCCUUCUUCGGUUCAUCCUACUUUGGACCCCAGGCUGCAGCCAAAAUAAUCGAAGAGCCUGCGCCAGAUCUUUCGUCCGGCAUUCGCCAUGCAGCUGCUUCAACCCAAUCUUUUCGCGACGUCGGCGGCCCCUUUUCGCAAAUCUGGGAUCUGCUGGGCAUACUGCCUCGACACAAGGCCAGUGUCGAUCGGCUUGUAAACGUCUUUGUUGUUGAGCUGAACUGGUCUAUUGAUGCGAUCCACCCUGCUUCGUUCAUGGCAAAGUACGACGCGUUCUGGGAGCGCAAAUUUGGCUUUGAUGACUACGCCUCGAUCGACUUGCGUUGGUUGGCAUUGCUGUUCAUCAUUCUCGCCUAUGGCGUCUUCCUCGAUUGUCCACACCCCAAGAACGCCGAAGUCCAGCGAGACUUGCAAGAAACUUCGCUUCGCUUCUAUUGGGCUUCUCGACGAGCCAUCGUAAUCGCGCCCACUUUCUAUGGCGAGUCGACAGAUCUUGUCCGCGCUGGUGUCUUGGUCACGCGCUAUCUCAUACACAUGCGACGAGUACCAGAGUCCUGGCUGACUACCAGUUUUGCUAUGCGCAUGGCCCAGGCACAGGGUAUGCAUAUCGAUGGCGAGCGAUGGCGCUUGCCACGCAAAGAAACAGAGACUCGAAGACGACUCUGGAGCCAUCUGUACACUUUGGACAAGACCAUUGCGUUGGCCAUUGGGCGUCCGUUUGCAAUCGUCGAUCAGCAAUGCCUUGUCCAGAAGGCAACCAAUAUAUGGCUGGACGAUGAAUCAGAUGAACGUGCCGCAACCCUGCGCGUGCUGCCUCUAUCUGAGCCUACCUUGAGUGUCUACAAUUUCUUUGCGCAUGACUUGGCAAAAAUUGUCGGCAACAUACAAGAGCGCUGCUUUGGACUCUCCGUAGCUGCUUACGAUACUGUUCUCUCCCUAGACGAAGAUAUUCGUGACUGGGCAGCCAUGCUACCAAAAUACUAUCGUAUUGAAGACGCGGACACGUCGCAAGAUGGAAUGCAUCGAUUUCUACGCUGGAACCGGCUAUACCUUCACUCCAUGUAUCACUUCGCCCGCGUCACGCUCCAUCGCCCGUAUCUGUUACGCCAGAGUAUCACAAAUCGCUUCCGACAUAGUCACGAUGCUUGUAUCUCGUCGGCCUGCGCUGACUUGGCUAUGCGUAUCGACUACUUCCAACAGCCCUUGAAUGAUCGAUUGAAAUGGAGCCUAGGCCCUCAUCAUCUGUUCAAUAGCGCAUUGGUUUUGGGAAUCGUUGCUGUCAAAGACCCGCAUUCAUAUAAAUGCGAUGCUAUACUCGAGGAUCUCAUAGCGUAUUGCGACAUGCAGCGCGCGGAUCUUUGGCUGAAUGAGUUUGCACUCGCAGAAGUCAAAAUCAUUGAGCUCUGCAUCAAGAAGGCAACC